AUACCAGUGUAUAUAAGAGACAUAUCAUUCUAUGAAGUGGCUAUGCAAGCUCAAUAGAGUUAGUUUCUUUACAAAAAUUAAAGGUUAAAGAGUGUAAUUCAAUGGCAGGAAUAUGUGAAAAUGGGGGAAUUGUUUCUAUUAAGAAAUCAGAACCUAUUUUAGUUCGACCCAAGACAAAAACCAAUGAUGGGUUUUAUUUUUUAUCCAAUUUAGAUCAGAACAUUGCUGUCAUAAUUCAAACUGUGUACUGUUUCAAACCAGAUGUUAACAAGAGUAGUGAGGCUGUUGGUGAAGUUAUUAAACGAGCGCUGGCUAAAGUUCUAGUCCAUUUUUAUCCGCUUGCAGGGAGUUUAACACUGAGUGCAAAUGGUAAGCUUAUUGUGAAGUGCACAAACCAAGGUGUGCCUUUUGUUGAGGCUGUGGCUAACUCUGAUAUGGAGGUGUUGGGUGACGUAACGAUUCCUGAUCCUGCAAUGCUAGGACAGCUUGUUCAUACAGUUCCUGGCGCGAAAAACGUACUAGAAAUGCCUCUGCUAACUGUGCAGGUGACAAGGUUCAAGUGUGGAGGAUUUGUACUUGGAAUGACCAUUAACCAUUGUAUGACUGAUGGGAUAUCAGCAAUGGAGUUUGUAAAUUCAUGGGCUGAAACAGCAAGAGGCAUAUCCUUAACAAUCCCACCAUUUCUUGAUAGAUCCAUCCAGGGAUCAAGACAACCUCCUAAGAUCAAAUACACUCACGACGAGUUCUUGGAGAUAACCGACGCAUCAAAUAUGACUAGUCUCUAUCAAGAAGAGCAAUUGAUGUAUAAAUCAUUUGAAUUUGAUCCUGUGAAGCUGGCAAUGCUAAAGAAAACAGCGAUGGAAAACGGAUUGAUAAAGAGCUGCACAAGCUUCACAGUGCUUGCAGCUUUAGUGUGGCGUGCUCGAAGCAGGGCACUGAAUAUGGAACCUAACCAACAAACCAAGCUACUGUUUGCUGUUGAUGGAAGGUCCAAGUUCAACCCACCAUUGCCAAAAGGUUAUUUUGGCAAUGGGAUUGUGCUGACCUGUUGUCUUUGCACUGCAAAAGAGUUGAUCGAAAAACCACUCUCUUUUGCAGUAGAACUUGUGCAGAAUGCUAUUAAAGUGGUCACUGACGACUUUAUCAGAUCAACAAUUGACUAUUUUGAAUUAACUAGAGCAAGGCCUUCAUUAACAGCCACUCUUCUGGUCACUUCAUGGACUAGACUUUCUUUCGACACUACAGACUUCGGUUGGGGAGAGCCAGCACAGUCAGGCUGUGUGACCUUGCCAGAGAAAGAAGUGGCUUUGCUCCUCUCUAAUGGAAAGGAGAAGAAAGGAACCACUUUGCUUCUCGGUCUGCCGGUUACUGCCAUGAAGACUUUCCAGGAGAUGAUGCAGAUUUAGUUUAUUGGGCAAACCAAACAAUGCCCAAAUGCAAAACUAAGCAAUCCUAUGUGCAUGUUAGCUAGUGAGACUAAUAAUUUGCAUAAAAUGUAAACGUUCAAGAUUUCCCAAUGUAUACCUUUAAGAUUUCCCACUAAAAGUAUCAAUGUAAAAUCAAAGUAAGUUAUUUCAAAUAAAGCUUAUAUUUCAUAAA